GAAGAUAGAAACAUACACUAUAGUAUUGGAAAAUGACCGGCGAAAAAAUACUCGCCUUUUCUUUGAUAAUUUUGAAUUUUGUGUCUGUCUAUGGUCUGUACGCAGAUCAGGCUGGUAAAUUUGAUUGGAGACAGCAGUAUGUCGGACAUAUUGACCAUCUGUUUUGGGACCAGUCCGUUACUUUGGGUAAAAGGAUUCUAGUGGCAACGGACCAACAUUUAGUUGCAGCUAUCCAUAGCCAUAACGGAAGCAUUGCAUGGAGAAAAAUACAGGAAGAUGAUAACAGAGGAGUAAUAGAUGCAAUUGACCAUCAAAAUAACGCUUUAGUAACAGUCAACGGAGGGGGAAGAUUUGUCAGGAGCUGGCAACCAAGCAGUGGCUCCCUCUACUGGGAAGUUGAACUUUUCAAAUCUAGUGACUCGAGCACAAGAGGAGACAUAAGGAUCUACAGUAAAGAUGAGGUGUUGGCACUGUCACCAACAGCAGUGCACAAACUUAACCUACACAACGGCAAGGAGAAGUGGGCACUGCAGCUACCAGCAAAGGACAAUGUGGUAUUUGGAAGACUGGUUUUACAUGGGAGCAACCUAUAUGUAGUCGGACGAUCGGCUGGGGCUCACGUUAUGGUGAUUUCUUCAGACAGUGAGGGGACCCUAAAGCAACAGCGAUCUGUACCCGCCGCCUGGAUAAAGGAAGAGACAGAUUGUGAAACUCUAGAUGAGGGAGUCCUGCUGUGUUACGAUGACGUUUCAUCCAACUUACAACUACUAAACUUGGAAUCUGGCCAGCUGUUUGUAGAGGUUCAGUUACAGGAGCUUGGAUUAUCAGCUGAAGGAAAAGCUAUGUCGUUGGAGAAGCUCCGCCUCCAUACUUCUGAUCAUGCCAAAUCUCAUCUGCUUCUCCGUAUCGGAGGUAACCACAUGGCUAUCCUCAAAGUCAGCAAAGAUCGCGUUCAGGUGGUGAAGGAUCUGCCCAAGGUAUCAGCUGCCUAUGUGACUAAAGUUGAGGACCUGGACAUUCUGUUGACACUCCAGAGAGUAUCCAAACAGAGUGUACUACUUGUUGGAUAUGAUCUGGCCUCAGGAGGAGAGAUAACAGAAUUAUCCCAAAGUAUCACCCUUCCUGCCAGCCAUGGUCUACCUACAAAGCUGGACGCUGUGGUGGUGAAGAAGAAUGGUCGCUUGGCAUACAAGGCUUUGGUGCGAUCUGAGGAUCAGUCCCUUCAGCUGGUCCAAAAGUCAGGACGAGUUUCCUGGAAGAGAGAGGAAGCUCUGGCAUCUGUACUAUCUGUAGAGAUGGUGGAUUUCCCAGUGUCUGAAAACCAGGCUAAGUACGAGGACGAGUUUGGUGCUCAGAAAGAGGAUGUUGUCAGCAUGUUUGUCAAGAGAUUUGCUACACAGUUUCAACAGUUAAAGAACCUGGUCAUCCAUCAGCUACAAAAGCUGCAGGGCCAUCGCCAUCACAGUGUCCUGGAGGCUGACGCUUUGGAAGAGGACGAGGAGGAGGAGGAACUGACACGUGACGAGUUCAACAUCAAUAAAAUGAUCGUAGUGGUCACCGGAGCUGGCAAGAUCUUCGGUUUGAGAAGUACUAACGGCCAUGUCCAGUGGUCUGUGUACCUGCCUGAAUUGGUCGCCUUCAGAACCAAUGACAAGGACAAUAUAAUGUUGUUUGUACAGAGGACCACCGCCCAUUUCCCCAACCCUCCCCAGUGUGUCAUCAUAGGCAAGAACAAGCUUACUGGUCAGGGUCUGCUUUAUGCAUUUAACCCUAUCAGUGGUCAGCCUGUUGGAGAUGUCCCGUACGGGGGACUGAGCCUCGGCUACAAUGUCAAACAGGCCUACAUGAUUGGUGAAGUGGACGACCACUUCCUUCGUGGCAUUAUCUUCCUGGAUGAUAAUCACCAGAUCCAUACCUACCCAGAGACCUUCAUGUCUGUAGCCAUGGACGUCCUACCCAGUCUCUUUAUGUAUGUAGCUGACACCCAGACAGGCUUUCUGAAGGGCUUUAAGGCCAAGCUACAUGAUAAGGAUAUCAUAGCUGACAAUGUGUGGACUAUCAACCUCCAGAAAAAACAACAGAUCAUCACCAAUGUAGUGGGCAAGAGAGUUUUAGAACAAGUACACUCUCAGGGUCGUGUAUUGGGAGACAGGAGUGUAUUGUAUAAGUACAUGAAUCCCAACCUGGUUGUCGUAACGACGGAAGGAGAGGAAGCUUCCAGUCUGACUAAGGGUUCCAACAAUUUUGUGAAUAUCUACCUGAUUGACAGUAUCACUGGUCACAUUGUGUUCCACGCCAGUCACAGGAAAACAAAAGGACCAGUCAACGUGGUACAUGUGGAGAACUGGGUGGUGUAUGAUUACUUCAACCAGAAGGCCCGUCGUCAUGAGAUUGCAGUAAUUGAGUUAUUCGAGGGAAAAGAGCAAGGCAACUCCUCGGCUUUCUCCUCCUUCACGGCCCCUAGGGAGCCCCUUGUUCUACGUCAGUCCUACAUUAUGCCAGUCCACAUCACAACUAUGGACGUCACUGUCACAGAGAAAGGCAUCACCAGUCGCAGUCUUCUGUUUGCAAUGACAGCAGGAAAGAUUUUGUCCCUACCCAAAGCACUUCUGGAUCCUCGACGACCAGUUAUUCCAUCUCAGGAAACCAUGGAGGAAGGUACCAUACCCUACAUCCCCGAGAUCCCCAUCUCUACAGAGAUGAUGGUGAACUAUUACAACAGUGUGGACAAGAUCAAGGGAAUACACAGCUCUCCUGCUGGACUGGAGUCGACCUCUCUCGUAUUUGUGUAUGGACUAGAUCUGUUUUACACCCGAGUGACUCCCUCCAGGAUGUUUGAUGUUCUCAAAGAAGAUUUUGACUUUUAUUUUAUAUCCCUUGUCCUUCUAGGGAUGUUUCUAGUCACAUUUUUCACACAAAAAUUAGCCUCCAGAAAAGCUCUAAGUCGUGCCUGGAAAUAAUGAUCUCAUAGAUAGAUAAGGCUUGUAAAAUCAAAUUUAAUUAAGAACAGAAGGAACAAAAAAAAUCUCUCUUUUUUUCCUUUAUCAUUCACUCUCCAAGGAUUAUUCUUACAUAUUAAGAUAUCAUGCUUUGUCAUCUUUCAGAAUAGAAUCUUUAAAUUUUAUUCUCAUACUAUUUUUGGCCUGUAUGUUUUAGACUCAAUUCCUGUCUCAAGGAUGUAAUUAAAUGUUUUAACAGGCCUGAGAGUGACCUGAAUAGUUGAACAUAGAACUUUUAUCACAGAUAAACUAAGGUUAUAUGGGUGACCUGACUUAACAUCUGGCAGAAGUCAUAGUAAAAAUUAAGCUCUAAAGGAUGACAAAUAUGUGAAUACUGUAUACAGAGAAAUAUUCGCUCAGUCAAACUUUCCCCUUCUGCUGGUAAAAUCCAUAAUCGCCCCCUGUUAUUUCACCCUUCACAUUUAAUAAGUAUGCAUGUUAUCGGUAUGUUUUUUAUUAUGUCUCCCUCGAUGAUAAAUUUG